AUGAACCUCAGCGGCAUCAUCAAAUCCAACCGAUCACGCUCCUCAUCGAGCACGCCCUUCACGCCUCAGCACCAGCAAAUCCCCCGCGACCAGUUCCCGCUCUUCCACCCGGACCCUCUCGCCCUGAUCGACAUCCCCUGGCACGCCAGCUACACGCGCAGCCCUGCGCAGCACCAUCCGGAGCUCGACCUCUUCCUCCGAUAUGCGCUGGACCAGGCGUACCAGUGGACCACGGCGCACAUGCCGUGGUCGUCGGCCAGCAGCACCUCGCACCGCGUGGCCGGCUCGGCGGCGGCCGUGCAGGUGUGCCGGCACCUGUCGCGGUUCCGGCCGUACAAGGAGCGGCGCGAGCAGCGCGGGCCGUGUGCGGAGCACUGGUUUGGCCGACGCAGCGUGCACGAGGACGCGGCGCGGACGGGCACGGCCAGCUUCGCGGAGCUGCGCCGCGUGCUGAAGGACCGGCAUGCGGAGAUGGAGCUGCGGUAUCACCCGGACGUGGUCGGGGCGACGCGGGUGACCACGUACGAAGCGGCGUCGUCGCGCGCGGCCGUUGGCGGAGGCUGGACGGAGGCCACGGCAUGUGUCAACACCCUCACCCACAAAUACCCGCUGUGCACUGCCCGUCGCUACACCGUAUUAGAAAUCACCGCCUCCCUGCCCCCCGGCCAGCCACCCGACGACCCCCCCGGCUUCAUCGUCCUCCAGCUCCCGCUCUGCCCCGCUGACUUCCCGUCCUCAGGCCUCGCAGACGCCAGGGACUACGUCUUCGCCAACUACGUGUCCAUAGAGAUGGUGCGCUGUCUGCACGCCGAUGCCUCCGCCGGCCCGCGCCUCGAGUGGACGAUGGCAACCUCCGGCCAGGCGUGCGGAUGGAUCCCCGAGUCUGUGCAACGCAGCUGGUCGCUGGGGGGUGUGCCGAAGCAGAUUGUGAAGGAUGUGGGUUUUGUGCUGCAGUAUCUCGCCGGAGAGCGGGAUAAGAAAAACGGAGACCUGGUAGUCCCGGCAAGCGGAUAG